AUGGAGUGCUUCAUGGUCCUGCUGCUGGCCAGCCUAGCCUCCACCUCUCUCGCCGUCCUUGAUGAGCCAGAAGGUGAAAUUCACUCAGAGACUCAGCCUGCAGAUGCCUCUGCCCAGGUCACCCCUAGCAGCCACCCCAAGAAGGACCACGUUUCUGAUGAAGACCUCUCUAAGGAGUCCUUCAUCUCCAAAGAAGAGCUGGUUUCCAAAGAGAAUGCUGUCAAAAGAGCAAAGAGUCAAAAGCCCAUGCCCCAAGAGGACAAUUUCAAAAAUGUUAAGCUCCAAUUAGAAGAGACUACAGAACGGGCGCCCAGGGCUGCAACCACCUCAGAGGGAAAACUCUCCAAACUGGGCCAUAAAGUCAGGAAGAAUCUGGACAAAGCUUCGAAAGGAAUCAUGAACUAUCUGAAAAACCUAAUCCCUAGCGCCAAUGAUGCCAAGAGGCCCUAAUGAUGAGGGUGCCUGAAUUCCAGACUGGGCUGUGGGAGAGGCUGCAUCCCAAAACCAUCUUUCAACUCCUCAAAAUGUGCAUUAAAGCAUUGCGUCACAAGUCUGACUCUGUGGUGGCUUUGCUGGGCUCAGGAAGAGAGGCAGGAUGCCCCCACUGUACUGGGCUUCUUUUUUAGUUACCCUAUCCCUUUGACCUUUGAGUUUAAACCUGUCAUCUACCUCAGCUUACAAACCUGCUUAUGUCUCCACAUCCCAAAACAUCCUCUGCAAAGUCCUGACCCUCCUCACCACUGCCCCCACCUCACCAAUGCACUGCCCCAUGCCCCUCAGCUCCUGUGCACACCUCAUGCCCCUACAGUCUACCAUCUGCACCCAUCCAGCCUCCACAACUGCUCUCCAAAGAGUCACAAACAUCAACAAAUCCUGUGAUGGCCUCUGUAGAACUGGACACAAUUACUCCUUCCAGAAACUUCUCCUCACUCACUUUCCAGGACACUGCCCUCUCCUAGUUCUCCAAGCUCUCUGUUCCUUUCCCAGCACAUUUUUGGACUGCACUCUGUGCUCCCAAUGUCUCAUCCUGUAACCUCUUGUCUUCUCUCCACCUCUACACCCUCUACACCCUCAUCUACCAAGACUUCUGCUUCACCACAGAGUGGAUGACUCCCAUUCACCCACUCAACAAACACCCCCCACGUGCUUACCAUGUGCCAGGCCCAUCUCCCUAAUA